UCUAUUUUAGUCCUUGGAAAUUUAGAUGCUCGUUGGUGCAAGCAAUAAUUGAAUAACAUAGAUUUCAAAAUGUAUUUUGCCGUUGUAGUCAGCCUGUUAUGAGUUUGAAACGUAGCCGUUAUGUCUGGGGAAGCACAGGCGACUAUGUUAUUAUUAUUAUUUUUUAGAUAGAAUGACUCCACAACCAACAUUAAAAACGAGUGCUGAGGGGCUUAUUGUUGCAAACUUCCCUAACUUGCCUGACGACAAAUAUGUCCGCGGGGAUUCCCCCAAGGGCGUAGGUUUGAAAGGUAGCCGUUUAUGUCAGGGGAAACACAGGGGAUUUCAUGUUGUUAGGGGAGUUUGAGCCCGAUUUACUAUAUACAGGCAAGUUCAACGUUGUGUCCUGUUUCGUUCACGGUAGUCUGAAACAUAAGUAGUAUACGAGCUAACUAGCGUUCUAACGUUUCACUUGUGUAUUUAGUUUGACGAGCCUAUAACAACACAGGAGCCCUUGCAUUCGUAUGUAGACUACACCUCUUCGUGAUGGAAAGGAGAGCAAGAAAUUGCCAAUUACAAAGCCAUUCGGACUCGAGUUUGGUCUAGGAAAACUUCACAGGCAUGCUACCUGUGCUCCCUCUUGAUGUCCUGGAGGAGAUGCUCCUAAAUGUCCCUCCACAGCAGGUGGUGUGUGUCUGUCGACUUGUGUGUCGUGAGUGGAAAGAAGUGGUGGACAGUGAUUCUCUUUGGAGAGAGAGGUGCCGAAGAGAAGGAUACCAGACAUAUGUGACUAAACUACCUAAAGACUGGCGUUUGUUUUACUUCUUGUGUAAGAAGAGACGUAAUCUUCUCAAGAACCCCAGAGCAGAUGAUAAAUUCAAGGGCUGGCAAAUUAUGGAGAAUGGAGGGGAUAAAUGGAAAAUAGAGUCAGUGGAAGAAGUGCCGCUUCCUGACAACACUGUCCAAAAGUACUUUGCGACUUCUUACUCGACCUGCAGGAAGUCUCAGCUGAUUGACUUGGAGAAAGAGGGUUACAGGCCUUCUUUCAUGGAUGACUUUCAACCCGACAUCAUUAUAUCUGACUGGUAUGCUCCACGCUGGGACUGUGGCUCUGAAUAUGAGAUCUGUGUUGAGUUGCUAAAUCGUAAGAAGAAGCCAAUUAAGAAGUUUAGUCCAGAUACUGUUGUCUUUCAACAGUGGGAUGAUCAUAAAUGGAAUCAGAUGACUCAUGUGUUCAAGAAUUAUGGCCCAGGUGUGCGUUACAUCCGAUUCAUUCAUGGAGGAAAUGACACUCAGUUUUGGGCCGGCUGGUAUGGAAUUCGGGUCACCAACAGUAGCAUCGAGAUCUGCCCAUCGGUGGACAGAUAGAUUUCGGUGUUCACAUUUACUCUCCUAAGAGGUUACAUUUGAAUGUUUUUUGCUGACCUGCACGCUUUGAAACCUCUCUUAGUGUAGUGAACAUCAUUCUGUCUUUUCAGCCUUAGGCAAUAGACAUACUGAUGUUUCUCUGUGGAUAUACAUCAUUCUGUAUUUUCAGCCUUAGGCAAUAGGCACACUGAUGUUUCUCUGUGGAUAUACAUCAUUCUGUAUUUUCAGCCUUAGGCAAUAGGCACACUGAUGUUUCUCUGUGGAUAUACAUCAUUCUGUCUUUUCAGCCUUAGGCAAUAGACAUACUGAU